AUGUGUGACAGUACCAGAGUCUUGCCCGAGAAGAUUGCGAGACACGAAGCAAAAGAGAGGGCCAAGAGCCAACACGAGUUUCGACUGGAGUGGGCUCUAUUACAAGAGCAAAAAAAGAGCGAGAAGCUGUACAGAUUACUAAGGGAGGAGGAAAAGAGGAAUGAAGAGCUCUUCGGAGCUCUAGAAACUUCACGCAAGAAGUGUCGAGAGACAAAGGCAAAACUGCUGAACAAGACACUGUCCGAAGAAAUCGAGCUUCGGAGCAUCAAGAAUACUUUGCCGACGCGUACAGAUGGCAGGAAGAAAGGUUCAAAAAGUGUUGCAAAGAUUGAACGAGAGAUGAUCACACUCUGGUACAUCGACAGCACAGGCAGACAGCUUGUCAAGAUCUACAAGGAUACUCCAAUGAGCAUGCCCUUGGUGAACUUCCGAGAGAUGCAUCCAAACACCUUCUCGAAGACCGGGUCCUACUCACAUGGGGACACAAUCAAAUUCGAGGUACCAUUGAUCUUCGACGACGACACUCCAGAAUCUCUCGCCGAUUUGGACAUUCCUUCCCUUCGUGACAGUUUGACAACUUUCUACGCUCAAUAUAUUUCGAAGCUGGAGAUGUCUUCACGCAGCUCGCCUCUCCAGAACGGGCGAAGAAGUAGACAGUGGGUCGAUGACCACCAAAGUGACCGUGGAGACUACAUGAAGUGGUUUGGCGGCGCGAAAGAGAACCAGGAGCUUAUAAGAUUGCUACAGAAGGAGCAAGCCAACUACCAAAAGCUGGAAGUGGACUACCAAGACCUUCUUGAGAGAUUCGAAGUGCUUCAGGUGUCGUCUCUGAGGCCUGGGACCACCUCUGUCGACGGUAUCAUGACGCCCGACACUACUCUGCCUUCGUUCACGAGCGAUGCCGAGACUGUUAGGCCCGAUGGUCCAGUCGAAAGAGCUUCGGUCAUCUUGUCAUUCAUAUACAUUGGCAAGAGCUCAUGCAACCAAGAAAAAACCCUCUUGAAGAUGUACAGAGACACACCCAUGAGCGAGGCUCUGUCCCAUUAUCGUCGAACACACCCUGAUGUGAGCUUCAAGACUCGCGGUUCUCGAAAAAACUCGGGCCAGUAUGUCGAUAUCUUCGAGACCGACACUGCAAACUCGCUCCAUCUGCAGCAAUUCGACGAGAUUCAUGUCUUCCCGUAUGGAUCUUCACCACAUCUCAUUGAUCUGACGGCACCUAGAAAGGGCUGGUCGAAUCCAUUUUCGUGGCUCAAGUCCAAGACGAGCAAGGAAAACAGUUGCUGCGGAGUUGAACCUGUGGUACAGAGUACGAAGAACGAGUAG